UCUAAGUCAUGGAUCCAGAUGAGAGCCAUGGCACUUUGCCAAAUGGAUUCAACACAGGAAGCCCCGAAAGCCCUUGCUUAAAGACAAGCACCAACACCACCCCCACCACACACAACAACAACAACAAAGAAAUGGACCGUUUUCUCCCUAUAGCCAACGUUGGAAGAAUCAUGAAAAAAGUGAUUCCCCCAAACGGGAAAAUCUCCAAGGACGCAAAGGAAACAGUUCAAGAAUGUGUGUCCGAGUUCAUUAGCUUUGUCACCGGGGAAGCCUCCGACAAAUGCCAAAGAGAAAAGAGAAAAACCAUCAAUGGUGAAGAUGUCAUAUGGGCCAUCACUACCUUAGGGUUUGAGGAUUACGUGGAACCCUUAAAAUCUUAUCUUCAGAAAUAUAAAGAGAUUGAAGGAGAAAAACUUAAUAUUCCAAAGCAACUACGUUCUGAACAAAGGCUACAACACCACCCCCAUAAUAGUAAUCAAGACGAAAAUAAUCAAACAUUCAAUGGUGCAUAUGCAUCAACAAAUCUCAUUUCUCAACCUCCCUAUGUCGCCUCUGAUCAGAAGUUUUCAUCACUACCCUUCUCUCCAAACUCGAUUCAGAGUCAGCUACGGCAGCAAGAUCAGAUUGAUUCAGUGGGCCACUGGUACGAAUAAGACCAAGCUUUCUGUGGUUGGUUUCAUCUUUUUUAUAAAUUGUAAUUUUAUACACAUAAUUCUGCGUAUAUGAAUAUAAUGUAACGUUUAGAGAUUCAUUUUUUUUUUUAUAAUAAAAUGAGCUUAGAAUUUUCGCGA